CUGAAACAUCUCAGUUGAUGGUGAUUGGCUCCUGUGCUUAAGGAUGAAUCAUGAUCUGAUGUAAACUUCCCUUGUUAUUUCAUCCCUGUCAACGGACUUUAUGAUUUAUAGACUCACCUCUAAACUGGUAUUCAGAUUAGAGUUCUAGGAAAUUUUUUUUUUUUUUUUUUGCUGAGAGGAAAAUUACAUGAAGGUGUUAAGAUAAGAGACGAGCUGCAAACCACAAGUUGAACAAAAUAAAUACAAUCAUGCAAGAAAAAAAAAUCCUGCACUACAACACAGUUCCUGCUCAAAGUCUUCAUCCUGUUUGUGUCAGUGAAAGAGCUGAAUUUCCCUUGAUCUUCUUAAAGCUACUGUAAAGACGUCUGGAGGACUGAUCCCCACGCUGUGUUUAGGCUACUGUUCAUCUGCGCUUAUCUCUGAGACGAUAGGGCUAGGAGGACCCCUAAAGGGCGGAGCGAUUUGGUCGAAAUAUAUGGAAACUGAAAUCAAGAAGUAGCCUAGAGUUUUCAAUACCGUUGCCUAUUUCUUUUUUCUUAACAGAAAAAAAGACCCCGUGCGUUUUUAAAAUGGAUGGAUGUGCUACCACAGUUUUCAGGAUAUAAUAUUGCAAUCGACGUAGGCCUACAGUCCCACGCAAAUCUUAUAAGACAAUAGAUCUUAUUAUUUUUUUUAUUUAUUUUUUUGUAGCCCAUCUUAAAAAUGUAAAGCGAAAUCGAUACUAACGUAACUGUUUUAAUGCACUGAUAGCGCUAUUGUCUUUGUUGUAAGCGUUUAAGGCUACUUUUAAUAUCUGCUUCGUUUUUGUUUUGAAAAAGGCGGACGAGCAAGCUCGCUCUACUAAACCAUGAGGAGAUUAUUAUUUGGAUAUGUCGGGAUAUGUGAAUAUGGUUUAUAAAUAUUUUUUCCUCUGUCUAUGGAUUUGGUUCUCACAUGGUGUGUUUGGUGAUACAGAUGUAAUGAAGUCAGUAUCAGUGAUGGAGGGCGAUUCUGUCACUCUAAACGCUGAUGUUAAUUUACAGAAAGAUGAUCAGAUACUGUGGAUGUUUAAAGUUAACAAUACAACCACCCUUAUUGCUGAUAGACAGAAGAUCUAUAUAGGUAACAGAACGGUGACGUUCAGAAACAGACUGCAGAUGGACAGCCAGACUGGAUCUAUGACCAUCAGAAACAUCAGAACUGAACACUCUGGACUUUAUAAACUACAAAUCAUCCAAGAUGACGUUACAUACAAGAGUUUCAUUGUUGCUGUCUAUGCUCCUCUUCCCAUUCCUAUCAUCACCAGAGACACGUCAAACUCUUCAUCAUCAUCAUCAUCAUCUUCUGAACGGUCAUCAGUGUCCAGAUGUGUCCUGCUGUGUUCAGUGGUGAAUGUGGGUCAUGUGACUCUCUCCUGGUACAAAGGAAACAGUUUAUUGUCCAGCAUCAGUGUGUCUGAUCUCAGCAUCAGUCUCUCUCUACCUCUGGAGGUGGAAUAUCAGGAUAAAAACAGCUACAGCUGUGUGCUCAACAAUCCCAUCAGCAACCAGACUCAACAUCUGGACAUCACUCAGCUCUGUCACACAUCUACAGGAACCUUUCAGCAGUCACAGACAAUGGUAUUGUUAAUUAGUUUUGCGGUGGUGCUUGUCUUGGCAGUUGUGGGGGCGAUAUACUUCAACUGCAGGAGACGCAAACCAGCAGGAUCAGAAGACUUAUUUGAACAAUGUGAUAUUAUCAUUAAAACAGUCCAGACUUGUGAGGAAGAGGUGCUUUAUGCCGAAACAACAUUUUGUGCACGCGGUGCUCACAGUACGAAACCAGAUGAAGAGCACCACGUCAUAUACUCGAGUGUUAAUGUGAAAUGACAUGAUCAGUGGUAUAAGCCUUUUUUUUUCUUUUUCUUUUUGCAACUGAUAUGAAACCAGCAUGUAAAAGUCAUUUAAGUAUUCACUUCUCUAGCUUCCACAGUCAUUUCAUGUCAUAGAAUGCUAACAAACACAUGAACAUUCUAUAUUUGUAUUAAUCAUUUUUCCGGAAUACUUGACUUUGAUUGGCCAGCAGUUAUGGAGCAGUCAAAUAUUUCUGAGUAAUCUCCACUCAUGUGGGUAACUCAGUAUAACGGACCAUUUCUCCGGAAAAUGGAAUAGACAUGUUUUAAUGGAUUAUUCCCAGUGUUUACAUUAGACCUUCAGUGUUUGGUGUCAGUUUAAUCUAACAUGCUGUAUCUUGUUCUGUGGGUAGAUGUUUACCUGUUAGGCAAGGCAUGUUCAUGCAAGCUCAGCUCUGUUACUGGAAUCUUUAUUUUAAAUCCUUCAUAAACACUUACGUUUACAUAAAAGCCUUCAAUCUUUUUUUCUGCUAUCUGCUCUUUUAAAAAUGUACUUAUUCUGCUAUUAAUUGUGUACAAAAUCUAUAUUUAUGUACAUCAUUUUCUAUAAUUUUUGGAUCAGAAAAUGUAUUAUGCAUUUAUACUUUUGUAUUGAAAUGCCUAUUUUGUAUUAUUGUAAAUGAAAGUCAGUGUACGAUUCAUAUGAACAGUUUGAAUUUGUCUACACAUUUUGAUCAAAUGUUUUGUGUUCUCUUGGUUCUUUCCUGCAGCUCCAGAAUGAUUAGUUGGGUAACAUUUACAUCAUUUUGAUUUGCUCACAGGGGGUUCACUGGAGUCACUGGAUCUAGUCUGACUGCUUCUGCCUUUUAGAUGAAUGGGAAUUUUAAUGGUUUACUCUCUUCAGUUAUUAUAUAUAUACUUCCUUUUUUUCAAACAGAUUAGAUCCUGAAUGUUUGACACCCUUUUUAAUCAAACCCUAACCGACAACUGUUAGUUGUCAGCUGUUAGUUGUUCAGCUUGUCUGACUGGACAUGUUUGUGUUACUAAUACUGGGACAUUUCCACUGUAUUUUAAAAUUUGCUCUAUGAGCUCAUCAGAAAAGUGAAGUAAUAGUCAGGGUUUUCUGUAAUGUGUCCCCGACUGAUUUUGACAUACUGUACUCUCACAGCUAAAUCAUAAUCACAGUUUCUAGCAAAGACCAUGUGUUUGUUGUUAAACCAGUGUUGCACCACUACAAAUAAUUUUGCCAAUUACUGACAUGUUCAGUCCAACUCAAAACAGAUCAAGUUUGUCAUGUUUUAAAGAUGUCAUUAUGGACUUACACAGUAAUCAUUUGACUAGAAGAAUCUUGCCUCUGUGCUCGAGUUGUAAAACGUGGUGAAUUCAUGCAAGUGACACUAGAGGGAGCCAGAGCUUUAAGCAAUAAGCUGCAUACUGAAAGCCAUUUGGUUCAGAACUACAGCCACGAACAGAAAGAACUACAAACAUGGUGGAUGUGAGUGAGACGCUCUGAAACGGAUUGCAUAUGGAUUCGUCUUCUCUCUAUAGCUCUCGCGAUACUUUGAUGUCAUACACUUAUGGUUUCAAAACAUUAUAAUAUUUACUACAGAAAUGUUACUACAUUUUACAUGGUAAGACAAAAUACAUUUCUCGAAAUUUUUAACACUCCAGUAAAGGAUACUACAACAUGGUCAGGGCAAAACAUAUACUAUUAAAACAUGCAAAUUCCUUAAAACGAAUAAAAAACAUCUUAAGAAGUA